AUGGCGAAACUCACCAAAAAGCGUUGUGAAAAGUGUAAAUGUGAUGUUACAGCGAAUCAAUGGAGUAGACAUCUUAAAACAAAGAAACAUAAAGGAGGAAAAGCAGAAGGAAAGCAAAAAAGAGAGAAAGGAGGUCAGACUUUCUUCAUUACAAUCAGCAAACCAGCAAAGUACAACAUACAGAAGAAAUGGAUGAGUUGGAAGUUCGGAGCACAACUUGUAGCAGGAAAUGAAUGGGGAUUGAGUGUGACAUUAAAGAUGGCAUUCUACGGUAAAAGACGUGUUUUUAACCGAAGGCGUUUUUAUGCUAAGAAGAGGUUCUUUAAUAGACGUCGUAGGAAUUUUUAUAGGAGGAGACGUGCUCCAGUUCGAAGAAGGACUUACAGGCGAAGAGGUAACUUCAUGAAGAGAAUUUACAAAGGAAUUGUUCAUUCUGAACACAAGGCUUCGCAUGAGUUUAAUUUGGGAGCCAAAGGAGUUUAUACAUCUAAUCUCUGUUGGAAUUGGCACACUUUCCUGACUGGAUCCAUCAAAAGUCAGACUUCUUCUUACCUGAAUCUUUUUGACGAAGUUAAGAUUCGUCACGUUACUCUUGUUUAUUGGUUGCGAAACAAUGGUUCUAAUUCUUUAACUUAUGAACAACCUACGAUGACAACAACUUACGAUCCAGAUGCUCAAGGCCGUACUAUGUCUAUAGACAAUCAGAACUGUUGCCCGAAUACACGUGAACGUUUAAUUCGUUAUGGAAAGAAAUACAAGCUCAGGAUGUACCCCAAGUUCCAGCCUAAGCUUUCUGCUGCUAAAUCCGUAGCUAUUGGUGGUAAAUCUCUAUCUCCUUGGAUUGAUGCUGCCUAUUUUACGUAUGAAUGGAAUUAUUUAUACUUUGAAAGGUUCUCCUAA